AUGGAAAAUGUUAAAGACCUUACAGAAGUAGUGAUUAAUGAUGUCCCUAAUGAUGACGAAAUAGAAACUUUAAGUAUUAGCAGUUAUGUUAGGGAUCAUGAUGACGGAAUAGAAGAUACAAAAGAAAUAUAA